AUGGGAGGGUCCAAGUCUCUUAUGCUACUAUCAUCUUUGAUAUUGGUCCUGGUAGGAUUGGUGGAAGUAGUACAUGAAGAAGCUACCCUGCAUGAUUACGUUGAUAAUAAUAUAGAGGAAUGGGAGUACCACAGUCGACAGCAGCAACAGCGGUUGAAUGCGGUAACCAAGGACAUUAUUGAAAUACCUAGUUAUGACGAGGGUCGCACAGUCGGAUAUGAUGAUGAUGAUGUUACUAACUCCACCGAUGGACAUGGCCAUCUCCGUCGUCUCGGUGUGUGGAAAUUUCUUGGUGAUUAUGUGGAGAAAUAUGCCAUUAAAGCCUUUAACAAACGUCUCGGCGGUAAGUAUUUGAAGAUUUUGGCAGGUUUAACGUGGGAUAAGAAGAAGAAUAAGUUCUACUUGAAGUCCCUACGAUGGAUGAAGAUUAAAGCUGAGAGAAUGAAGCAACUGAAGAUGAGGGAGGUCGUUGAUAAUAAUUGGUUCCUCGGAUUCUUCUAUAAAUGGCCACACUGGAUGACGGGCUUCGGGAGCUUUUUCUACAUCUUAUUCCUAGUAGUUGUCUACAGGUUCUACGGUUUGAAACACGUCGCUGCAUUUAUGGUUCUAUGCAUACUCUUGAUAUUCAUCGGGGCAUUCUUCCAUCUCCAGCGUCUAUUAGAGGAUCUCCAAUACAAGAUUAAGCUGGCCAAAAACGUUGGUCUGUGGAGUCUUUUCAUCGGCACCAACCCUAUCGAUGCCGUCAAGGAUCUCGCUCGCAUAAUUGGACGGAUUUUCUAACGCAUCCUACAACGUUGAGCUUUGCUCUACUACUGAACUCACCCUGUAUCUAAUUGCUGUCAUUCCACUGCAUAUGUGCAAUUAAUGCUGCUUUGCUAACGACGCUAUUGCUGCUGCUGCUGAUGAUGUUGUCAAUAAUAACUCUAGUGGCCACCUGCUUGUGUAAGUUGUUAUAGUGUACAACAUGAUGAUGAUAAACAACAUUCAU